CAUCAUAAUCUAAGAAACAGCACCACUUGGUGCGUCUCACUUGCACAUGAUCAUUUCUGAUUUCUGAAACCACGUAAAGACAGAACAACAACAAAAAUUCUCUCUCUCUCUCUGUCUUUCUCUCUCCAAAACGCCGAAGCAGCUUCGGUUUGGAGAAGUUUCAUGGACUCUGAUUGAAGCUUAGUUUAAUAUGCAAAAACCACUUCAGGAACUGUGUUGUAUUUCCCAGUGUUGACUCCAAGGAUUGCAUCUUUCAUUCCUUGUAGUGUGUGGUCUUUUGUACUUUAAUUUAUAUUAUCUAGCAUUUCAUUGAUUUUUCUGUACACUGAGAUUGUUGGGUACUAUACUUUGGGCAAGGUUGCUUGUAGAAGAGAGAGUAUUUGUACUGCUUUAAAAUUGUACCAAUGGAACACCAUUUUGGUCAAGGUACUACACCUGCAUCUGAGUCCUUUGAUAAGACUAGGGUUUUAAAUGUGAAGCCCUUAAGAACUCUUGUUCCUGUGUUCCCUUCACCAUCUAAUCCUGCUUCAUCUUCAACUCCACAAGGUGGUGCCCCUUUUGUGUGUGUUUCUCCUUCAGGCCCUUUCCCUUCAGGUGUUGCACCCUUCUAUCCUUUCUUUAUCUCCUCGGAAUCCCAGAGGCUCUCUGAACAGAAUGCGCAAACCCCAUCUGGUCAACGCGUUCCUGCAGCUCCGGUAUCUACUGCAGUUCCAAUUAAUUCAUUUAGGACACCCACUGGUGCUGCAAAUGGAGACGUGGGCUCAUCGCAAAAGAAUACCCGAAGUCGUGGAUGGGUCACAGAGGAAGAUGGCUAUAGUAAUGUUGAGAUAGAGGAAAUUGAUGCAGAUGAAGGAACUGGGACUGGGAGGUCAAAGCGCAAGUCAAAUAAGAAGACUAAGGCAAGACAGAGUGGUGGUUCUGUUUCUGUUGAUGUUGAUCCGGAUGCAGUCGCUGCUGAUAUUCUCAAAUCACUCAAUGCACUGGUUUUCGAUGUACUUAGUCAACCAGAAGGUAGCAGGGAUUCAGUUGCAUAUACACUCAUGAUAUAUGAAGUGAUGCGAAGAAAGCUUGGACAAAUUGAAGAUUCAAAUAGGGCAGCUAACUCUGGAGCAAAACGGCCUGAUUUGAAGGCAGGUGCAAUUAUGAUGAAUAAAGGGAUUCGGACCAACAGCAAGAAACGUAUUGGAGUUGUGCCUGGUGUUGAGAUUGGGGAUAUUUUCUUUUUCAGAUUUGAAUUGUGCUUAGUGGGCUUACAUGCUCCUUCUAUGGCUGGAAUUGAUUACAUUGGCAAAACCAGUCAAGAAGAAGAGCCUUUAGCUGUAAGUAUCGUCUCAUCUGGAGGGUAUGAAGAUAAUGUGGAGGAUGGGGAUGUGUUGAUUUACAGUGGCCAAGGUGGGGUGAACCGUGACAAGGGAGCAAGUGAUCAAAAGCUUGAAAGGGGUAAUCUUGCAUUGGAGAAGAGUGCGCAUAGAGGUAAUGAAGUAAGAGUAAUUAGGGGUUUGAGGGAUCCACAACAUCCAACUGGGAAGAUUUACGUCUAUGAUGGCCUUUACAAGAUUCAAAAUUCCUGGGUGGAGAAAGCAAAAUCUGGUUUCAAUGUAUUCAAGUAUAACUUAGUCAGGUUGCCCGGACAGCCUCAAGCUUAUAUGAUUUGGAAAUCCAUUCAACAAUGGACUGAGAAAUCUGCUUCAAGAGCUGGGGUUAUAUUACCUGAUCUUACUUCUGGGGCUGAAAAUAUACCUGUAUGUCUUGUGAAUGAUGUUGAUAAUGAGAAGGGCCCUGCAUAUUUCACUUACAUCCCAACUCUAAAGAAUUUGAGGCCAACUGCUCCUGUGGAAUCUUCUACUGGAUGCCCUUGUGUUGGUGGAUGUCAACCUAACAAUUUUAAUUGUCCUUGCAUUCAAAAAAAUGGAGGCUAUCUUCCAUAUUCUUCAGCUUCGUUACUUGCGGACUUAAAAUCUGUGAUAUAUGAGUGUGGCCCUUCUUGUCAAUGUCCUUCCAAUUGCCGAAAUCGGGUUUCUCAAAGUGGCUUGAAAUUUCGUUUGGAGGUUUUCAGAACCAAGAAUAAAGGUUGGGGUCUUAGAUCAUGGGAUUCUAUUCGUGCAGGAACUUUCUUAUGUGAGUAUGCAGGGGAAGUUGUAGAUAGUGCUAGAAUGGAGGAGCUUGGUGGUGACAAUGAAGAUGAUUACAUUUUUGAUUCUACUCGCAUUUAUCAGCAACUGGAAGUUUUUCCUGGUGAUACUGAAGCUCCGAAAAUCCCAUCCCCGCUUUAUAUAUCAGCAAAAAAUGAAGGAAAUGUUGCUCGGUUUAUGAACCACUGCUGCUCUCCAAAUGUAUUAUGGCGUCCAGUCAUACGUGAAAAUAAGAACGAGUCAGAUCUCCACAUUGCUUUCUAUGCAAUCAGACAUAUCCCGCCUAUGAUGGAGUUGACUUAUGAUUAUGGGGCAGUUCUUCCUCUCAAAGUAGGUCAGAGGAAAAAGAAAUGCUUAUGUGGAUCUGUAAAAUGCAGGGGUUACUUUUGUUAAUUAAUUGUCUAAUGAAUUUUGGAGGAGGAGGCCUCCGAAUGAAUAUACUUAAGGAUAAGCUUUAGCUAUAUAAGUCAGACAGCAGGAUGGAACUGUGUAGAAAGAUGUUAGCAGAGACCAACUUUUCUUUUUUGGCAAACCUAGUAAAUUGGCACAUGAAAGAGCAAGUUGUCUAUUUUGCUAUUGAGGGUAAGUUAAGGUGUAAAAGUUAACUGUAAGACACAUUUUGUGUAGAUUGUUUCUUUUUCUGCUGUUAGAUACCCUUUUAUUUUUUUUGGGAUGGAUUUUGAGUAGUAGGGCUUUUUUAGUAGUCCACAUGGUAAAAUUAAAUUUGACCUGUAGAAUUGAAUAUUUUGUUUGUUGCCCAUCAUUUCCAAAAACCAUCCUGAUAUUCUAUUCUUUUGCAUAUGCUUGGCCAGUGGAUAUUUUAAUCCUACAAAUAGUUGGUUUAAAUU